UCCGCGGACUAAUCGGAGCUUUUUGUCUCCUCGUGCAUCACACGAAACAAAACACCGAGCGAUCGCUGUUGUUUUCACAGAAGUUCAACCGCGACAGAAGAAAGACUCGCUUCUUCUUCUUCUUGUUGUUCCCGAGAGCCUGCACAUCCACUGAUCCUGACAUCAGUGAAAACCUCUCACACCGGAGAACCGCUCCAGAGACACAGUGAACCAACAUGACGACGCUGCUGGACCUGAAGAGCAGUGUGCUGCGGCAGGUGCAGAGGAGCCAGUCGCUGAGGAGCCGGAGGGAGCCGCCGCCGCCCACCCCCGGCAGCCCCCUUACACACAGGUCUGGAACGAUUAUAGAUAAAAGUAAUAGAGGUGAGGGUGAGUUCUUUGAGCGUAUGAACGCUGUCCUUCAGAAACAGGAGAACAUGCUGCGGGCUGCGCAGGCUGAGUGCCAAAGAGGGGCCUGCACAGUACCACCGCCCCAGGAGCACGUGGACCAGGCCUUUAUCACUGACAGAAUCAGCAGGACAGAGCUGGACCUGCUGUACGAGGAGGCUGUGUACACCGUGGUCAACCGGGUUGGAGUGCAUUCGGCAGAACACGUGAAAAGUGACGAAGAGCUGUUUACGUACAUACUCAAGGUGUUCGAUAUGGGCGAAGAGGAACAUGACAUCAUUCUCCAGAAAGUUCAGGAAGCCAAUCGAGCCAGUUUUUCCUUGAGAGUUUCUGUUUUGAAAGCAAAGAGUCUGAUGGCCAAGGAUGCGAAUGGUUACAGUGACCCCUACUGCAUGCUGGGAAUCCUGGUGGGCCAGAGCCCCCGGGAGGUGGAGGAGAAGAAGGAGAGAAAGUUCAGCUUCAGGAAGAGGAAGGAGAAGCUGGAGAAGCGCUCCAGCACCAAGGAGGUGCUACCCGCCAGGUGCAUCCACGUGACAGAGGUUAAACCAGAGACUCUCAACCCGGUGUGGGACGAGCACUUUGUGUUUGAAAUAGAUGAUGCUCACAGUGACCUUUUACAUCUGGACAUAUGGGAUCACGACGAUGACGUGUCUGUAGCUGAAGCCUGCAAGAAGCUCAAUGAAGUCAGUGGACUUAGAGGAAUGGGCAGGUAUUUCAAGCAGAUUGCCAAGUCCAUGCGUGCCGAUGGAUCUGCAUCAUCGGGUUCUGAGGAAAACGCAGAUGACUUCCUCGGAUGCAUUAACAUCCCUCUGAACGAGAUUCCUGUUGUCGGUUACGACACGUGGUUCAAGCUGGAGCCUCGGUCGAGUGCGUCUAAAGUUCAGGGAGAAUGUCACCUGAUGCUGAAGCUCUUCACCAGCCAGAGAGACACAACUUUGUCCAAGAAGGAUUCUAAUAUUUCUAUUCACAAGAAACUGCUGAGUCAGAUUGUGGAGCAUGAGCAUGCAAAUGUUAAGAAGGAGCCGUACAACUGGGAUGGACAGGUUGGUCCUCCAGCAUGGACGGUGCUCACUCACCAUGCUGUGCAGACCGAUCUGUCCCCUCUCCAACAGGCCAUUAUUCGCUGGCAGUGCUACAGCAGCCACCAUCGGACCCAGAGGGUGUGCUACUCCCUGCUGCUGCGCCUCCUGAGGACCAUCGAUGCAGAGUGGGACCCUCCCGCUGUGAGAGGAGACCUGGAGAGGCAGCUGUCAGACAGCUUCAGGCUGUACACAGAGCACUGCCUGUGCCUGAUGAAGAACAUGCGUCAGGUUUUCCCCUGCACCAGUGCUGCUGCCAUUACACGCUACGAGCUCAUGCUGAGGGGGAUUGGCUACAUGCAAAACAUGCGGGCAUUUAAGACCGUAUGCCCUCUUCGAAAUGAACUGCAUCUGGACAUCACUACCGCUGUAAAGAAAGGAGCAGCUGAGUGGUACGAGAGCUUAAUUGCCCGUUAUAAACCAGAGGAUGGGACCCUGGAUGAGCAGCUGAAGAAACUGGUUCAGGUGGUGGAUGCUGUGGUUGCAGACAUACAGAGGGCCCAGAAGAUCUACAACAAACUCUUCUACAGUGCUGUGAAAGUAGAUUUCUUCAGCAUAUCAUACAGACAGUUGGAGAAACAGGUAGCGGAUGACGUAAAUGUAGCAAUGGAGCGAGUGUGUGGGACCCUGGAGCAGGAGAGCUCCAAGCUGACUCAAACAAUGGGAGAGACCAUCUUUGAGCUCUUCAUGUCCUUGAAAGUCCUCAAAGGCUUUCGGGAGUUCCUUCCACUCAAGGACGCUAAAAUGUUGGCUUUGACGGGCUUCCAUAACUGGUUCAAGUCCUCGAUUCAUAAGUGGCUGCAGAUCGUUCACGACAGAUCUUGCGACAGGAUCCGUAAAGCAGUGGAAACAGACCAAUUGGAACCCGUGGAGGAGGCCAAACACAGCUCCUCCGCCGUGGAAGUGGCGACGUGCUUCAGCCAGGUGCGGGAGAUCUGGCUCCAGCUGGCCUGGCCAGACUCUGCAGGCGCCUUCAUCUUUGUCACUCGUUUGACAGACAAUUUCUGCAGUGAGGCCGUGUGCUACUCAGAGAUGAUAACACGCAAGAUUGAGAGGAACCAGCUGGGCCGAGACAACAAGAGCUUCACAGUGCAGCUCUGCAUUGCCCUGAACAACAUGGAGCAUGUGCGCGUGUUUCUGGGUCGCCUGCCCCAGGACCUGGACUGGCAAGGUGUGGAGCGGGCCAUGGAGGAGUCCUGUGGGGCGGAAGGGAAGGAGCAGGUUUACAAAGCCCUCAACGGGCAGCUAUUGAACAUGGACCUGGACCUGCAGAGAGAGGCCAAGCGUCUCAUCACGCUGCUCACUGACAAGAUGCUCCCCGAGCUGCGUAGAUACAUCCAGCACAUCAGCCUGUCUCCUGACUCCAUCAACAACGACGACGCUGUGUCACCUCUCAUGAAGUACUUACAAGACACGAUGAGCAUCCUCACUGAAAACCUUGUAAAGGAGAACCUGAUGAGAGCUCUCCAAAGCAUGUGGGAGCUGCUCCUUCAAAUGAUCCUGGACGCGGUGACAGAAAACAGAGGCGUGCAGGUGGAGUUUUACAACCGCUUCCAGUACACAGUGGAGGCCGCGUUGCAAUUCUUCAAUGCUAAGGGACAGGGUCUCUCCCUGGAAGACAUGAAGAGCGGAGACUACAAGGUCCUGGACGAGGAGCUCAGGCUGAAUAAAUGUUCCUCCUUCGAGCUGAUUGAACAGUACUAUCUGGAGAAGAUUUCCCACCAAAAAACUCUCAAACACACCCGUUUCGGUCGAAUCAGUGUCAAGUGCUACUAUGAUGCUCCAGAGCAGAGACUGACGGUGGAGAUUCUGCAUGCUGCGGAUAUCAUAGCACUGGACGCCAACGGUCUGAGUGACCCAUUCGUCAUAGUGGAGCUCUGUCCCCACCACCUCUUCCCUAUGGCCAAGAGUCAACGCACGCAAGUCAAGCUCAAGACCCUGCACCCAGUGUUUGAUGAACUCUUUUACUUCCACGUCAGUCCUGAGCAGUACAGACACAGGUUUGCCUGUUUGACCUUCACCGUGAUGGACUAUGACUGGCUCUCCACCAACGACUUUGCCGGCGAAGCCAUGGCUCCUCUCAGCGACUUCUGUUGGCCAGGGAGACCGAACGCCUCACCUGCCGGCAAAAGUGUCCAGCCGGCCAUUUUGCACCUGUCUCGCAGUAAACCCAGUGAGAAGCCAAUCAUGAGGAUGCUGGAAGCGCGCAUCGGAGACAAGGAGGCUCAGGAGUUUGUCCGCAGGCUGAAGGAGAUUGAGAAGUCAAUGGAGGAGGAGUAGAAGCCGUCAGCGCUGCCUGCAUCGAUGUCUUCUGACCUCGUCUUGCAACCUGUGCUUUUGUACUGGUACGAUGUUUACAAUAUUUAGUUUUUAUUCUCCAAUAUUAUGUUUGUUCAGUCAUUAUACCAAAAUGAGAAGACAAAAAAUGGAAAACAAGGAUGUUUUCUGACUGGGAAAAUGAACAUCCUGUCACUGUGCAACCCUAUGCUGUCUCAUUUCAGCUAUAUUUUAGAAUUGAAUGGAUAGUUGAUCCUAAAUGUUACUAGUCUAUAUUUUUUGUAAUGAAGUAAUGUUAUCUUUGUUGUAUAAUCUUUGAUAUGAUAGAUUUAACAUUUCAGAACUAUUUUGUGGAAGUAGCUUACAUAUCCAAUAGUAUCCAGUCAGAGUUUAAAUCUAUACCUCAUCAUUUGCAGAUGAGUUUAACAGGUGUUGAGACUUUUUACCAUUCUUCACAAACACUGUGGGGAUAAAAUGCAUAAAAAGCUUAUUUAGGAUGUGAAAUAAAUCCUGUAGUACCUAUUGUAGGUGAAGGGAAUCAUUGAGGAACAACAAGUAGCUUUGGGGGGUUUCACUUUAUUCUGAGGGUUGUGUUUUCGGGCCGGGGGGAUGGUAGCAGGGAGGCCGAAGGGGCUGCGUGGCACGCACACACACACACACAGCUCGGGUUCAUUCCACUUUUUCAAAAAGCUUAUGAUGGGUCAAUGAAGAGGCCAAAGACAGUGCUACAGUAGUGGUGGGAAAAUUGCUUCUUCUGACACCAGUCAGUCAACAAUGUUUAUGAUGCUGAUUGCAGCGAGUGAGCUUAUGUAGCGUUCAGACAGUUCUGGAAACAGCCAUCAAGUUUGUGUGUCAGGAUUUUGAAGUAUCUUGAAUUUUAACUUAACAAAAUCGUGGACAAACAAGGCUAAAAACAGUUUCUUCCUUGGUUGUAUAGCAUGAACUCACGAUGACAAGACAGAAAGUCAUUAUUUGUGAACUUCACAGUGAUCCGUUGAAGAAGAAAGUCGUGAAGCCUCAACUUGGCAUUAGUAGACAAUUAAAUGCAGGAAAAUUCAAAGCUACUGUAUAUCAAUGAAAGCCAUCAGUCUGGUUUAAAAUGCCACCUAGGUAUUAACUUUAGGUUCAAGUCCUGUCUAGGAAACUGGCCCUUACUGUUUAAAUGUAGCUUAAAGUUUACAUUGGUAAAUACGCCACCUGCUAGUAUUCACAAAAAAAUGAAUAAUGCACAUUCUGGCCUUUGGGGGAGCCGUUAAUGAAAGAAGCUAGUUUUAUUAUGGAGAGACACCUUACGAACAAAAGCACAACAGGAUCACAAAAGUAGUAAUAUGUACAGUAGAGAAAAAACACUGUAGCAAGUAGUGAGAACUUAGCACCAAAAUCUUAACACCGACAGCGUUUUGAUAGCGAUGUAUCUUUACAGUAGCCGCUUGUGUCGUGCUUUGUCGUUACCCUGUGGAGCUGCGAGUUAAAAGCACGCAAAAAAAAACAAAACAAACAUAUCUAUGCCUGGAGAUUGUGCUGCGUUACAGGGAUCGUUCAGGUGUUCAAGAAAUAUGUCUUUAGCAAACAGAAGCGAGGACUCCUUUAAGACCAUCAUUCCCCUGUAUGUCUAUAUGUUUAAUACCGUUUUUACGAUAUUCUAGACAGAAUAUGUUAGUAUUCCUGAGAAAUCCCUCUCUAUCUCAUCCAUUUCAACAGUACAUCUUAUGACUUAAAUAUUAUAAAUGACAAGAUUAUAUUUCAUGUUCAUUAAAGGUCAUGUAAACUAUUAUAUGAUCUUAUGAAGCUGAAAUUAUAUAUUAAAAGAUCAAUUUUAAAUCACAAUACUGAAGUAAAUCUUUAUCAAUGUGGGGGGGUUGAUAUAUAACAUGAAAAACAAUUGUUUUGCUUUAUGUAAGGAAACAUACUCUCUCUCAUGCACACACAGCAUAUACGUACAGGUGUCUAUGUUUAUUCAAAGUAUUAAAGAUGUCUAUAUGUUGUCCAUAGACAAAUUCAAUCUGGUCAGUAUUGGUUGAGUAGAUUAAUUUAUUUUACUGAUUUUCAAAUUUAACAAAGAUAUUUUAGUCUGAAAAUGUUCAGUGUAGUAUUAUCAUAGUUUUAAUAUCCAAAAAAAACUGCAUUUCAUAAACUGGUCACAAUGGAGAAAAACAAUAGAGGUCAAAGGCCUCAUUGACAUCAGACUGUGAACAGAAAAUCAGUGCUGAUAUGGACAUGUUUAGUUUGAGGUAUAUAUAAUAUAGAAAUAUUGUUCAAGAGUAUAUGGUUUGUGGUCUGCCAGCCGCACUUGAAGGCAACAGGUUGGUGAAAAGUUAUCUCCAGAGGCGAAACACCUUCGAUAUGUUAUAGUAACAGUGAAUUAUUUGUCCUUGAAUUGUAAAUGCCUGUGUUGCUGUUUAUUGGGUUAUACCUUUGAGAGAUGUCUAUUAUCUUGAAUAAAGAUUCUAUGUAAA